UGUCCCCUCCAGGCGCACCUGUCCCCGCUGCACGCUCGCAACCUCUCACCCUCCGCGGAGGAGUUUCCCCGGAGCCAGGGCCGCGGAGAGCAAGGCCAGGGCGGGCUCUGUCGAGGCGGGCGCAGGGGGGCACAGUCCGCGAGGGUCCAGCCGCGCGGACGUCGCUGUGGGCACCAUGGUAGCCACUUGCCUGCAAGUGGUGGGCUUCGUCACGAGCUUCGUGGGCUGGAUUGGCAUCAUCGUCACCACGUCCACCAACGACUGGGUGGUGACCUGCAGUUACACCAUCCCCACCUGCCGAAAGAUGGACGAGCUGGGAUCCAAGGGUCUGUGGGCCGACUGUGUCAUGGCCACCGGCCUCUACCACUGCAAGCCUCUGGUGGACAUCCUCAUCCUCCCGGGCUAUGUGCAGGCUUGUAGAGCCCUCAUGAUUGCUGCUUCAGUUCUGGGUCUGCCGGCCAUCUUGCUGUUACUGACAGUUCUCCCCUGCAUCCGAAUGGGCCACGAACCUGGAGUGGCCAAGUACAGGCGAGCGCAGCUGGCCGGGGUGCUUCUUAUUCUGCUGGCUCUCUGCGCCAUUGUUGCCACCAUCUGGUUCCCUGUGUGUGCCCACCGUGAGAUCACCAUCGUGAGCUUCGGCUACUCGCUGUAUGCGGGCUGGAUCGGUGCUGUGCUGUGCCUGGUGGGUGGCUGUGUCAUCGUCUGCUGCUCUGGGGACGCACAGUCAUUCGGAGAAAACCGUUUCUACUACUCUUCUGGCUCCAGCUCGCCAACACAUGCCAAGAGUGCCCACGUCUAAGAGGGCGGCUCCACUGCCCACCGAGGUGCUGUAGAUGCUGGGCCUGGGGCCCCGGGUUUGCUCGCCACAGUGGGGAGAAGCCCACUCUCCUGCCAGGCACUAAAACCAAAGGUCUAGAACGUAUCCUGCCUGGCACUCCGCAGUCGUAACCCAGCCCACCCCACCACUUCUUGGCUGCCUUAAGAAAUCUCCAGCUCAGAUAAUGCCCACCUAGUUUUCUCAUGGUGUAGCUGGCCGUUAGCUCUUUCUUCGGGCAUUCCAUUGUUGUUGAUUAAAAAAAAGAUAUUUUGUUUCUCUCUUAAAUUCAGAUGUCUUGGGAGCCUUUCUGACGUGGGUGUGGACUGGGAGAGAAAUAAAAGACACUUUUCAAAUGCUUACCAACGACAAUGGAAGCUUCCUAGAGAUACCGCUCUGUUUUUCUCUCGCCUCUUAGUUUCAAGGUCACUUACAUAUAAGAUAUAGAAAAGGAUAGACUCGGGAACACUGGUGGGAGGGGAACCUCGGGACUUUCUCUCUGUGGGAAAGCUUCCCUUUUAUAAGUUGAGGGGUUGGGACUCUUUUUUUAGUUUGUGAUUUUACAUUUUUCUGUACAUACUUCUUCAAGAUUGAUCAUUUUUUUAUAACCAUGGGUUUCCUGAAAUUCUCAGUUCACCAGUAUGAAGGAAAUGAACCAAACAGACUUUAGUUAUGCAAUAAGUAACAGUACAAAGAUUAUAACUUUAACUGACCGUCCACCCGUUCCAGGUUUGUAUGCUGUAGUUUUUAAUUCUACAGUUGCACAUACUUCAGAUUAACACAUUUUAAAACGUUUUCUCCCCUUCUAUCUCCGUCUCCUUUCUGUUAGCGCUCUUGAGGCAAUGUUGUUUAACAUAAGUUGUACUGUUGAAUUUGGCUUCCUGGGUGUAAAAACUGAUGCUCUGUCAGUGUCUGACUGGACACUGCAAGCACAGUCGGUGCAUUUGUUCAGGUAAAAUCUGUGCAAUAAAAUAACAAACUGUC